GGCCAGCCCCGCCGGGGGCCCCCGCGGCGUGGCGCUCGCCCCGGCCCCCGGCCCGGCCGCCUGUCCCCUCCCCCGGGAGAGCAAGCCGGGCGGCCUGCCUCGCCGGAGCAGCAUCAUCAAGGAUGGUACAAAACAGAAAAGGGAACGGAAGAAGACGGUGUCAUUCAGCAGCAUGCCGACAGAGAAGAAGAUCAGCAGUGCCAGCGACUGCAUCAACUCAAUGGUUGAGGGCUCGGAACUCAAAAAGGUCCGCUCCAACUCUAGAAUAUACCAUAGGUAUUUUUUACUGGAUGCCGACAUGCAGAGCCUGAGGUGGGAGCCAUCGAAGAAAGAUUCCGAGAAAGCCAAGAUUGACAUUAAAUCCAUCAAGGAAGUGAGAACAGGAAAAAACACCGACAUCUUCCGCAGCAAUGGCAUUUCCGACCAGAUAUCUGAAGACUGUGCAUUUUCAGUCAUUUAUGGAGAGAAUUAUGAGUCACUUGACUUGGUUGCCAACUCUGCAGAUGUUGCAAACAUCUGGGUAACAGGACUGCGGUACCUAAUCUCCUAUGGAAAACAUACCCUCGAUAUGUUAGAAAGUAGCCAAGACAACAUGAGGACUUCUUGGAUUUCACAAAUGUUUGGUGAAGUUGAUGUAGAUAACCUUGGACACAUAACUCUGUGUAGUGCUGUGCAAUGCAUCCGAAACCUCAACCCUGGUUUAAAAACAAGCAAAAUUGAGCUGAAGUUCAAAGAGUUGCACAAAUCCAAGGACAAAGCUGGUGCUGAUGUCACAAAGGAAGAAUUUAUUGAGGUUUUCCAUGAGCUUUGUACUAGACCUGAAAUUUAUUUCCUUUUAGUUCAGUUUUCAAGCAAUAAAGAAUUCCUUGAUACCAAGGACCUUAUGAUGUUUCUCGAGGCGGAACAGGGUGUGGCACAUAUAAAUGAGGAAAUAAGCCUUGAAAUUAUUCACAAAUACGAGCCAUCUAAAGAGGGUCAGGAAAAGGGCUGGCUCUCCAUUGACGGGUUCACGAAUUACCUUAUGUCACCUGACUGUUACAUAUUUGAUCCAGAGCAUAAGAAGGUGUGCCAGGACAUGAAGCAGCCCCUGUCCCAUUACUUUAUAAACUCCUCCCACAAUACGUAUUUAAUAGAGGAUCAGUUCCGAGGCCCCUCCGACAUCACGGGCUACAUUCGAGCUCUGAAGAUGGGCUGCCGGAGUGUUGAGCUGGACGUGUGGGACGGGCCGGACAACGAGCCGGUCAUCUACACGGGCCACACCAUGACGUCUCAGAUCGUGUUCCGCAGCGUCAUCGACAUCAUUAACAAGUACGCCUUCUUCGCGUCAGAGUACCCUCUCAUCUUGUGCUUGGAGAACCACUGCUCCAUUAAGCAACAGAAGGUAAUGGUUCAACACAUGAAGAAGAUUUUGGGAGACAAGCUCUACACAACGUCACCCAACGUCGAGGAAUCUUACCUGCCGUCCCCGGACGUCCUGAAAGGGAGAAUACUGAUUAAAGCCAAGAAGCUGUCCUCGAACUGCUCUGGAGUGGACGGGGACGUGACCGACGAGGACGAAGGAGCAGAGAUGUCGCAGAGGAUGGGGAAGGAGACCAUGGAGCAGCCCAACAACGUGCCCGUGAAGCGAUUCCAGCUCUGCAAGGAGCUGUCUGAGCUGGUCAGCAUCUGCAAGUCUGUCCAGUUCAAGGAGUUCCAGGUGUCGUUCCAGGUUCAGAAGUACUGGGAAGUCUGCUCAUUUAAUGAAGUGCUGGCCAGCAAAUACGCCAACGAAAACCCCGGGGACUUUGUCAAUUACAACAAGCGUUUCCUUGCCAGGGUCUUCCCCAGUCCCAUGCGAAUUGACUCCAGUAACAUGAACCCUCAAGAUUUCUGGAAAUGUGGUUGUCAGAUCGUGGCCAUGAACUUCCAGACGCCAGGCCUGAUGAUGGACCUGAACAUCGGCUGGUUUAGGCAGAACGGCAACUGUGGCUACGUCCUCCGGCCGGCCAUCAUGAGGGAGGAGGUGUCCUUCUUCAGCGCCAACACAAAGGACUCCGUCCCGGGGGUGUCGCCUCAGCUCCUGCACAUUAAGAUCAUCAGCGGGCAGAACUUCCCCAAACCCAAAGGGUCCGGUGCCAAAGGCGACGUGGUGGACCCUUACGUCUACGUCGAGAUCCACGGCAUCCCGGCUGACUGUGCAGAGCAGAGGACAAAAACUGUGCACCAGAAUGGAGACGCUCCCAUCUUUGAUGAGAGCUUUGAAUUUCAGAUCAACCUGCCUGAGCUGGCCAUGGUGCGCUUUGUCGCGCUGGACGAUGACUACAUUGGGGACGAGUUCAUCGGCCAGUACACCAUUCCCUUCGAGUGCCUGCAGACGGGCUACCGCCACGUCCCCCUGCAGUCCUUGACGGGGGAGGUCCUGGCUCACGCCUCCCUCUUUGUCCACGUGGCCAUCACGAACCGAAGAGGAGGAGGGAAGCCUCACAAGCGGGGCCUCUCUGUGAGAAAGGGGAAGAAGUCCAGGGAGUACGCCUCCUUGAGAACGCUGUGGAUUAAAACUGUAGACGAGGUGUUCAAGAAUGCCCAGCCCCCGAUCCGGGAAGCCACGGACCUGAGAGAGAGCAUGCAGAGCGCGGUGGUGUCGUUCAAGGAGCUGUGUGGCCUGUCCUCUGUGGCCAACCUUAUGCAGUGCAUGCUGGCAGUGUCGCCCCGCUUCCUGGGGCCUGACAACAGCCCGCUGGUGGUCCUGAACCUCAGCGAGCCCUAUCCUACCAUGGAGCUGCAGGGAAUCGUCCCCGAGGUCUUGAAGAAGAUCGUAACGACCUACGACGUGAUGAUCCAGUCCCUCAAGGCCGUGCUGGAGAACGCAGAUGCUGUCUAUGAGAAGAUCGUGCACUGUCAGAAGGCAGCCAUGGAAUUCCACGAGCACUUGCACAGCAUAGGCACCAAGGAGGGUUUGAAGGAACGAAAGCUCCAAAAGGCGGUGGAGAGCUUUACCUGGAACAUCACCAUCUUAAAGGGGCAAGCGGAUCUUUUGAAAUAUGCUAAGAACGAGACUUUGGAGAACCUGAAACAAAUCCACUACGCUGCUGUCUCUUGUGGACUGAAUAAACCCGGCACGGAGAACACCGAGCUUCAGAAGCCGCGCCGGAGCCUGGAGGUCAUCCCUGAAAAACCCAGCGACGAAACCGGAGACUGAAGGGCGUUCCUGCGCCAGGAUGGAGCUGCCCACUCUAGGACCAAUGUCCUCCCACGGGACACUUUGCUUUGCACUCACUAUGAAUGAGAAUACUAUCUGGGAUUUUUAAAGCACAACUGGAAUAGCCCAUUACAGUCUCUUAAAACUGUGAAUGUAUGUAGCAAUCCUGCGUGUGAAAGCAGAUAAACUCUCUAACAAGAAAUUAUAUUCCUGGCCCAAAUAUGCUAUAUUUGUAUACAAAGACAUCCUAACUCAGUUCUGAUUACUCAGCCUAGAUCCAUCAGAAAACAGACAUUUUCCUAGGCAGAAAUGAUUUCUCAAGAUGGAAAUGGAUUGGAUUGUCAAAUUAGUAUUUAUUGGAGGAAAAACCCUAAUCUACGCCUUUGACUUGUGUGUGCUUGCCAGAGUCUCUGGGUUCUGGCUGAUUUUGGUGGCGAGCUUGCUGAGCCAUACUUACCAAGGAGAAUGUAAGUGGACAGGCCCCCUGGGCACCCAGGGGCCUGGGGGCGCCAUCGAGGACAAGAACGUGCAAUUGGACUGACGCUGCUGGCCGAAGACUCAUGGCUGUUGGCGCAUGGGUAGAGACAUGAUGUAAAAGCAACCAGUCUGGAAGCAAAAUGUUGUACAUAGUUUUUCAUUGUAUGAAGUAGUGUUCACA